AACGUGACAUGCCCGUGUUUCAACAGCCUAAUCCCAGAGCUCGGGUAUAACAUUUGGUAUCGGAGCCUAGUUGUUCUGCAUCCCCAAGGACCAACGUGCUUCCCUCAAGCUUUCUCCUUCCCCUUUGUUGUACCAACCCUUUGUUCACACCCCAACCAUGUCAAAUGAAUCUCAGCCCAUGUCUCAUGAAGAGCUCGUUGCAUCCAACGCCGCCUUAAAGGCCCAAGUAGAGUACUUGGCCGAGGAGGUAGCUAAGCUCAGCACCCUUCAAGGAAGUGAUCACGAGGAUGAUGCUAGUACCAGUAGCACCACCAAGGUCAAAACUAAUGACGGGUCUGAUUUCAAAGUGGACAUCCCGACCUUUGAAGGAAAGAAUGACCUAGACGAGUUUCUAGAGUGGCUAGAAAUGGUGGAACGCGUCUUCGAUUUCAAAGAAGUUUCUGAUGAGAAGAAGGUCGAGAUAGUGGCGUUGAUGUUCCGCAAGUAUGCAUCCACGUGGUUGACCAAUACUUGCACCAAAAUCAGAAGAAAUGGCGGCGUGGAUGAUGGCAUGAAUCGCCUUCAAGUCCUCAUUGAAGAGCGAGGUAUGGCUGCUGUCCCGGGGGCAGAGAAUCCGGGUGAUGAUGUAGAGGAGGAGGCGCUUGUCCGGUGGGGCCGAGUGAAUCGUCGGUGCGCCGCUGUGGCGGAUCAAGUUGGUGAUCCCAAGCUCACGAAUGACGGCCGCCUCUUUGUUGAGGAUCCAAUCGUCGACACCAUAGGUUGCGAUGUCGUCACCGCGGAUGGGCAGCCCUGCGACCCGAGCGAAGGUAGGCAAAUCAAUCUCUAUGUCGUAGAGAUUGAUGCUGCUGCGAAUGGUGUCCCCGUCAUGGCGGAGAUUGGAGUAGAAAGCCCGGACGAAGGCGGGAUUGAAGCUCGAGCGGCUCUUGGAGACGAAUGGCCACAAACCUGACGCUUGGAGUUGGUUGUCGAGGUCGUGGUACCCUUUGUCUUGGGGAAACAACUCCGGGAGCACGCGAGGUGGAGAGAUCGGGCGCUUGGCAAAGUGAGUGAGGAAGCGUGUUAGUUCUUCCUCCGACCCGAACUCAAGAAAUGAUCCGUCCAAAUAUGGGAACGGAGGAGGCGCGGAACUUGAGGGUUCGGCGGUGCUUUUCUUCUUGGAAGCCUUAGACUUUGAUCUUCCUCCGGCCAUGAUUAAGGCGUUUUUGAAGAAAGACUGAAGAAAUAUUGAGAUUUGGAUCAAGGAAUGAAAUUAUGAUGUUAAU